CCAGCCCAACUGGUUGAAUCCGACAAGGGAACACAGGAGACAGAUUCGAACUCAAGCCUCUGGCUUGUUUGUUUGUUCGUUUGUUUGUUUAAGGCUAAUUCUUUUCAGCCCAACAGGACAGCCUGUUAGGCUUUUUUAUUUUUUAUUGUCAGUACACUAUUAUGGGGAACCAGUAGCAGCCACAUCCAUGUUGAAGCCUCCAAAAAAUGAGGCACCCUCCAUUCGGUGCGAUACCUGCUACAGCAGAGGAGGCGUGGAGGAGAGGCGGAGAAGCUGCGGAGAAGGUGCAGAGGAGGCGCGGAGGAGGUGCACAGGAGCUGCAGAGGAGGGGCGGAGGAGCGGAGAAGCUGCGGAGGAUGGGCAGAGUGGAGAAGCUGUGGAGGAGGGGCAGAGGAGCGGAGAAGCUGCCGAGGGGGGGGAGCAGAGAAGUUGCAGAGGAUGAGCAGGUGAAAGAGGAGAAGCUGUGGAGGAUGAGACGGGGAGGGGUUGCGGGGAAGCUGCGGAGAAGGGGCACAGGAGUGGCAGAGGAGUGGAGGAGCGGCGAAGGAGAGGCGGAGGAUGGGCCGAGGGGUGGAGGAGCGGAGGGCAGGCAGAGAAGGAGCGAAGAGGAGUGUAGGAGCGGAGGAGUGGAGGGGGGGCGGCGUGGAGGAGGAGUGAAGGACUGGAGGAGCAGAGGAAACGCACCGGAGGGAGGCGAGACGAAGGGGUGGAGGAGCCAUAGACAAGGUGCAGAGGGGAGUGGAAGAGGAGCAGAGAAUGUGAGGAGGGGAAGAGGAGGGCGGGAGGAGCGGAGGAUCAGUGGAGCAGCAGCAGAAGAGACGUGGAGGAUUGGAGGCGGAGGAGGGGCACAGGAGCGGAGUGGGACCGGGGGAGCAGCGGAGGAGGUGCGAAGGAUGAGUGGGGCACAAGGGGCGGAGGCGCGGAGGAUGAGUGGAGGAGGAGAAGCGGAGGGGAGGACCGCCGGAGGAGGGACGGAGAAGCUGCAGAGGAUGAGCGGUGGAGAAGCGGCGCAGGCGUGGAGAAUAAGAGACGGAGGUGGGGCGACGGGGCGGAGAAGCUGCGGAGGCAGCGCGGAAGAUGAGAGGAGGAGGGCCCGAGGCACAUGCAGGUGCGAGACGCAGGGGAGGACGGGCGGCGGCGGCGAGGAUGAGUGAAAGAGGAGGGGCUGAGGAGCGGGAAGCUGCGGAGAAAGAGUGGGGGAGGAGGGGAGGAACAGCGGAGGAUGAGCGGAGGAGGGGUGGAGGUGCAGAGAAGC